GAUGAACUUUAAAUUUGUUGACUAAAAUUUGAAUAAAGGGACAAACGAAACAGUUCUGAAAAUGUGUAAAAUAAAGGGAAAGAUGGAAGAAAGAAUUAAGGGAGGAAAGCCGAAAUAUAGAUCAAAAUCUGUCUGCUUGAUGUUAAAUAUGUCAUAUUAUUGAUCGAAUAUAUAUAGAGAGCUAAAUGCUAUAUUUGCAAUAAUUCUACAGCGUUUUUAGGGUUUAGAAGAAUACAAAAUAAAACACAAUUUUUAUAUAAACUGCAGGAAGUACAUUUCCCAUUAGAUUGCAAUCUUGCAUCUUUUCAAUUAUAACUCCUCCAACUCCUCCUAUUAAAGAGCUAUCUGGAGAAGAACAAAAAUAUUUUGAAUUUUUAAUAACUAAUAAAUGUGUUAAGACGUAAAAUCAAUAUUAAAGGAGCUACGAGGUAACAAGUUAAUAUUGCAUAUGUUAUCAACUUAUUUUCAGAUUGCAUUGCAUAUAUUAAAAUGGAAUCCUGGUGAUACAAGAAAAAUUAUAAAUGACGACCUAUCCAUGUUUAGUUCUCUUAUCAAUAUGAUCUACAAUCGGCCUACUGCCUUCCCUCCAGGUGGAAUGAGAGUAGGGGGCGUGGUUGGGGGUGUAGUAGGAGGAGUAAUCCUGCCCCAGUCCUACCGAAGAUCAAGUCCUGGAAGAUCUCGUGAGAGCUCUCCUGGGAGUGAGGCUGGAUUAGAGGGAUUAUCAAAACAGGAUCUUCUUAUCACUCUCAGGAGAAAACUGGAGCACAAUGAACUUAGCAGAAGUAGUUUUGAUAAAAGAGAAAUAUUUUUGAAACUAGGAGACAUAUUACAGGAUGAGGAUACACAAUUACAAGAGACAGCUCUCCUUCUUAUUCAGGAUAUUUUACCCCACCUGGGGCCUGAUAUGGACACGUGUAUGACACAGCUGAUAAGUGCCCUGGUGCCGCAACUUGGAAGCGAGAACAUCUCUCAACGGAAGACGACUGUUCAUAUUCUUCAAAUUUAUCUGAAGUUUAGUAAUGAUGUCCAAACAGUACUAAGAAAUAUUGUCCAAUAUGGUUUGGAAAGCGGAGAUAAGAGUGUAGUACACGAAACAUUGAUUUCCAUUCCUAUUCUUUUCCCCCCAGACUUCGAUACUAGAUACGGCAGCAAGAAUCUAUAUAUGCUAGUGAGUGGAUUAGCUAGAAAGCUAACUGAAGUCGAGUAUAGAGUUCAAGCAUAUUUAGCGAUUAAUAAGAUAUCUGAUGUAGUCGGUCAAAAGAUCUUUAUAUCUUACUUAAACAAGUUAAACUACGAACAGAGGAAAGUCUGGCAGGAGCUGAGUGAGUCAAGAUCCAGGUUCGGGAGCGAAGGUGGAGUAGUAGGACGGAAACUCUCUCGUAGUUGGAGUGAGUUUGGAUCCAUUGAUCCCCAGAUUAUAGAAAAGCUGAUGAACGAGGACGAAUAUAAGACUAGACUCCAGGGAGCUGAUGAAUUAAGCAGGGCCCUGAAGACUAUGCCUGACAUAACAGUUUUAAUCCCACAGCUCAGAGUAUUCUUUAACUUCUUGGACUCUCUUUUAGAAGAAGGAAAUUUCCGUUUGACCCUGAUAGUUCUGGAUAUGUAUAUUACACUAGUAGAUCGGCUUAAAACUAAAAUUAAACCUCAUCUUAGAUCUCUGAUUUCUUCUCUACUAAAGUACUCUGGAGAAAGCAAGAUGGUCGUAAGGAUGGAGAUAUACCGGGUUCUGGAGAAGGUUUUAUACGUCCUCAAACCCAACUCUGUCAUGAAUCAACUUCUAGAUCAUUUAGGAGAUAAACGGGCAGCAACAAGGGAAGGUAUUCUGAAUAUGAUUAUGUUUGGUUUGCUAAAGUUUCCAAGUUCUGAGUUUGACUUGAAGAAUAUUGCUGCUACUGUGGUUCCAACACUGGUCGAUCCUAAGCGAAGGGUCCGACAUGCUUCAUUAGAAUGUGUAGCAAUAUUAGCAGCAUUCUUGGGUCCAUCAAAAGCAGUUCCAUUGAUGAGAGCCAUAGAGUUACUGGAGAGCCAUUUUGAAAAGGGUUCUGGUGUAUUGAAUGCUGUACAGGCUCGACUAUCUAGACGUCAGCUUGCUAAACUAUCCCAGGGUGGAUUAGUAGAAUACGCUGUUCAGAUCCCAGUGUCUGGUCGAAGUCCUACUCGUGAGUCCUGGGAUCAUGAUAUAGAAUGGAUACUUGCAGGAUCUGGUUCAAUCAGCUCUGGAUCAGCUAGCAGCCGUCAGCAGGACGGGGAAUCGUCAGCUGUUAGUCGUCAGCUGAUCGGAGAAGCAUCAGCUGACGAUGUGUUUCAUGUUCUUAGUCCUGCAUCCUCAUCUGUACAUGCCCCUGUAUCUCCUGUACAUGUAAAUGGAACUGCGGCAUACCAGGUUCGUCGACCCUGGAGCAAAAGUACGGGAGAGAAGAGUUUAGGAGGAAAAGGUUUACUGGUUAAAACUGCCGGAACCGGAAAGAGAAGAAGUAAAAGUGAAGAAAAUAUUUGCGGUUCCCCAACGAACACUGAUUCAUCCAGAAACACUGCUCGCUCCUCGACAGAGUCAGAGAUUAGGUAUCGAGGCUUUUCUAUCCUGCCUAGCAAGGUGUCCACCCCCUCAUCCUAUCCUAGGAACUCUGCCUGGUCCGCCAGGAACGGAGGUGUUCCUAGAAAACCCGGGAACGGAACACUACCCAACCUAGAAGGGAACUCAAUACAUACCUUGAGAACUGAGAGUGGUAAGAGGGAGCUGGGGAGAAAGAUUACGCCUGAACCAGAACUCCCCAGAUUGAUCGGAACUAAAUCUCAAGCGAGCACAGCGAGUUCCAGCGGUACAAGGGAUAGUGGAAUCAGUAUGAAUGACGUUGACAGUACAGAUACUAGGGGUAGGGUCAGCUUCAGUAGACAUAAACCACGCGGAGCAACGAUUUCUGUGGAUACUCUUCCCUUAAAGGGACAAUCUGUACAAAUAUCAAGAAGAGAACAGAUGGAACAGCAAAGAAAGAUGUUUCAAGGAAAACCUGCUGAGGAUCUCAGUGAUACAGAAGAUGAUGUAGUUAUAUCAGCUGUGAACACUACCGGAGAGAGUCCGAGAACUCCAAAAUAUUUCCCCGGAGAAUCUCCACUCAUUUCCAAGUCCGGAGUUCUUCUAAACCCAGUAGAGAACUCACCCUUUAGCUUGAGAAGAAGAAAUUUAACAAGAUCUUCGGAUACUGUUUCCACUCCCUACUCUCAGAUCUCAGGGAUAUCAACCUAUGAUUACGAGGAUGAUUUCACAUCAGAUUCAGAAUCUGAAUUCUCUGCGCUCAACGCCUCCUCCGCCAAAUCUAGCAAGAUUCCGAUUAAACGAAGUUCAAGUUUGCAUAGGAGAAAGGAUCUGCUCAGGAAUGGAAGUUCAACUAGUUCUGCGGAGAAAACUAAUACAAGUUCAGUGCCAGCCCAUGUACCUGAUAAUAAGAGAAAAAAGAGCCCAGAUACGUUUAUAGAUCAACUUAAUACUGGACCUGUUAGAAGAUCUCCCGUAGAUCAAGGCAGUGCAGAGACCUUAAGAAGAUCUCCAUUAAAUCAGGCUAGUCCAGGGACCCUAAGAAGAUCUCCGAUCGAGCAGUUUAGUCCAGGGACCCUAAGAAGAUCUCCGAUUGACCAGGUUAGUCCAGCGACCCUAAGAAGAUCUCCGAUCGAGAAGUUUAGUCCAGGGACCAUGAGAAGAUCUCCUAUUGAUCCUAGAAGUCCUCACAGUUCAAUAAGUGCUACAGACCAGUAUAGCCCUAAACUAACCAGAAAAACUCCAGAUAUGAACGGAUCCAACCCAAGAACAGAACAUGAGCUAGAUAAUGAACCCCACUCUGAGAAGAAAACUAAUCCUAAACCUAUCAAAACAUCCUAUUUAAAGUCUAAAAAAGCCAGUUACCUUAAAAAGGCUCCAAGAACAAAGAGUGUUUCUCCAGACAGAAAACCAAGGCAGGAGGAACUGUUAAUACCAAAUAUCUACUCCUCCAAGAGCACAAAUGAUCUUCCCUCCGAACUCCCUGAUGACGAACCCCCUACCCCUCAUCCUAAAACUGAGCCUCCUAAACGAAGAUAUAAUCAAUCCAUGAGUGUUCCUGCCACCUCUAACCGUAGAACUAAGAGUAGUGUAGUUUCCGUACCUCGGAGAUCAACUGCAGGAAGUAACCUAAACCUCUCCGGUAACCAACAACUCCCCCUGCUAACUGUACCCUACUUGAAAUCUCCGUAUGACGGAGUAACCAUCCAACCCUGGGCUAGACCAGAUGAAGGAUUACAUAAAACCAUUGAUCAGCUUGAAUCUGAUGACUGGGAGAAAAAUGUUGACGGGUUGACCGGACUACUCCGCCUGGUGGUUCACCACCCUGAGACUGUGAUAGUUGAGUACAAGAGCUUAAUGCAGCUGCUGCUGAAGCAAGUCAAGAACCUGAGGAGCCAGGUGGCCAGGGCUGCAGUGACUGUACUCGGGGAGAUGUUUAACCAUCUUAAACGCAAUAUGGAGAGCGAUAUAGAGAAGGUCGUGAAUCCAUUGCUUCUGAAAACUUGUGAGACAAACAAGUUCCUCAGAGAGGACUGCAACGUAUCCCUUGACCGGAUGGUAGAAAACAUAUCUCCAGUAAGAACUAUUUCAAUCCUAACCGGAGAAAUUCUUCAUCACAAGAACCCUGUUAUCCGGACUGCUGUAUCCCGUCUCCUAGCUCUAGUUACAGAUAGGAUAGGAGCUGAGAAAGUCCUGAGUGGAGCUAAAGAUAUCACAGAUAAACUACUUCCUGCUAUUGCUAAAAUGGCUGAAGAUGGAAGCCUGGAGGCCCGGAUUUACGCUAAAAUGGCGCUAAAAACAUUGAUGGAACAUCCGGACUUUGAGAGAGUUCUCAAGAGGAAUGUGACCUCAAAUACAAUGUUACACAUGGAGAAAAUACUGGAUCAGAUUAGAUCCACGGGAUCAAGAUCAGGAUCAAGAUUUAACUCUAGAGGAUCAGGGAAAACUAUUUAAAUAUUAACUUACUAGGCUUUUUGGGUGCUUCGCGUCCAUCCUCUUUUUUAAUUUUUUAUUUUUAGCUCUAUCUCAUCUUCUCUUU